GGGCAAACAUUAUUACUACCCAACUGUUAGAAGUAAAUUUUCACCUGGGACAUACUGUGAAUAACAUGCUUUAGUUGGAUAACACGACUCUGUUACAUAUUUGGAUAGUUCAUAAUGUUCCGUUUAGUUUGAUUGGAUAUGUAUUCAAUUUAGUCCAUGGAUGUUGCUGUUUUACCCGAUUUUGCUGAAGUCCCCCUCCCCACCCAUCCCGAACACUGCCUGUGAUAUUCUCAACCACAAUGGUUCCAUUGUACAAAGAUGUUCUAAUAGGAAUUGCUGCAUUCUUAUGCCUGGUCACAAGAGUCUCAAGUAACAACCCACCAACAAUCAUAGGGCCGAAUGCCCCAGUUACAGAGUAUGAAAAUAUACCUGUGGGCAAAGUUCUCUUCACCUUAACUGCCCGUGAUAGUGAUGAUAGUCGAGUGACGUUUUCCACAGAUCCCUUAAGCCCUGACACAAAUGAGCUGGUAACACUGGUGCAGACAGGCAAAUUAACUGCCCAAGUCAAAUUGAAAAAGAAGUUAGAUAGAGAGACGAAAGAUCAAUAUGAAUUAAAAUUCCAAGCCACAGAUUCAGCAUCAAAUAAAGGUGUCAUAAAUGUGAAUCUGAUUGUUUUUGAUGUGAAUGACAACGCGCCAGAGUUUCAAGGUUCAUACGUCAAGGAUGUACCAGAGAACACUCCUGUUGGCACUGUGAUAUUUGAUGUAACUGCCACAGAUAAAGAUACAGGAGCUGGUGGGUCAGUCACAUACAAACUAGCUCCUGGUGAAAGUGAUAUGUUCACUAUCAAUGCUGCCUCUGGUGCUGUCAAACUAGCCAAGCCCUUGGACUACGAGACAAAAACGACAUACAAUAUCAAGGUCAUUGCCUCGGAUAGUGAUGCAUCCAACCCAUUAUCUACGCCAAGGACGUUGGUUGUGAAUGUCAAAGAUGUCCAGGAUACCGCACCUUUAUUCUUGAAUCUGCCAUAUGCUGCUACUAUUGUGGAAAACCUUGCCGCGGGUUCAUCGGUGUUCCAAGUCACAGCCAUAGAUGGUGACAAACAGGUGCCAAAUAAGAUCAAAUAUUCACUAAAUGGAGCUGGGUCAGAAAAGUUUGACAUUGGUAUCAAGACUGGCCUGAUAACAGUGAAAGUGCCUCCAAAUAGAGAAGAUAGCAACAUAUUAGCCAAUAAUGGUGUCCUUAGUAUCAAAGUCAAGGCUGAAGAGGUCACAACUAAUCCUCAAGGAGUCACGACCGCGGAGACAACAAUCCAAAUCAAAAUCACUGACGUGAAUGAUGAAACACCAACAUUUAAUCAGCCGAGUUUCACGGGAAAGAUUCUGGAGAAUUCCCAGCCAGGGAGUUUAGUCACCUUCAUCCCAACAAAUACGGAGAUGUCAGUCACCGACAAGGAUCAAGGGAUCAAUGCCAAAUUCAAACUUGAGGUCAAGAAGGGUGGGAAGGGUUAUGGGACAUUUGAGGUGGUGCCAACGAUUGUUUACGGAUCUCAGCAAAACGUUCAGAUUAAAGUGAAAAACUCCACAGAAUUAGAUUUCGAGAAAGUCAAGGAGUUGAUAUUUGAUGUCGUUGCCACAGAAACUGACACAACGGAAAAGAGAACCAGCAAGGCUGCUGUGAAGGUCAUCAUUGAAGAUGCCAAUGAUAAUUACCCAGUGUUUGCACAGAAAGUCUAUAAAGCCAAUAUCCCUGAAAACUCUGCCAAGGGAACAAAAGUGAUUACAAUCACAGCGACUGAUAAAGACACUGGUGUUUUUGGACAGCUGAAGUAUUCAUUGAAAGGUGCUCAAGUUGGCAAUGGUUUUAUUGAAGAUUAUCGCUACAAAAGAUUUGUUGUUAACGAAAACACUGGAGAAAUCACAACAAGUAAAGAUGCCAUAAAGGAUAAGACCAUACUUGACCGAGAAACAAUUAAUACGUAUUACAUCACUUACGAGGCAACAGAUGGGGGUAACUCUAAAGCAACCACUAUGUUAGAGAUCUCGUUGACAGACCAGAAUGAUAAUCCACCCAUAUUUGUGCGAAAUAGCUAUGAGGGACAUGUAAAGGAAGGAGACACCAAGUUGGAAAGAGAAGUUAAAGUUGAGGCAACUGACCGUGACCUUGGGCCAGUCAAUAACAAGGUUGUUUACUCCAUAACUGGAGGUGACCCUAAAAACAACUUUACAAUAGAUCCAAAUACUGGUAUCAUAGGACUGAAUGGUCCACUGGAUAUUGAGAGUAUGGACCCAAGCUUGAAGUUCAAGUAUAACCUCACAGUCACAGCCACGGACAAGGGCACACCACCACUUAGUAAUUCUGUUCAUGUGGUGAUCACAGUACAGGAUAAAAAUGACAACACCCCCUAUUUCACUUCAUGUCCAAAUGCCAGCAUCCCAGAGUCAACAAAACCUGGGGCAAAGGUUUCAAGGGUUGAAGCCAAGGAUGAUGAUAUGAAGGGCAGUAUCAAUAGCGAAGUAUUGUACAGGAUCGACUCAGGUGGCUCGGACAAGUUCCGUGUUGAUGGAACGACUGGCCAAGUCACGGUCGAAACUGGUGCCAACCUUGACCGUGAUCUCUUUCCAAAGGAAUACAAUGUAAAGAUGUUAGUGAUAGAUCGUGGCACCCCAUCUAGAACUGGUUCCUGCGUUGUUACAAUAACCAUCACCGAUGUAAACAAUAAACCACCAAUAUUCAACCCGACAUCUAAACGGAUCAAGGUGUUGGAGAAUGUUAAUGUCGGGCAUCUUGUUGAUACAUUCACUGCUACGGAUAGUGACGAAAAUGCGGAUAUUGAGUACAGUAUCUUGCUGGAUAAGAUCACUGCUGAGGACGAGAACGGACAACCUGUCAUACCAAGCAAAUAUAACUUUAAGGGUCUGUUCAAGAUCGAUCCGAAGACUGGUAAGGUAACAGUGGCAAACAAACUGGACCGGGAAGCGGCUGUAGAGAUACGAUUGGCUAUCAAAGCAGUUGAUAGGAAGGCACCUGAUCCAAACACACAAACUGCUUUAGGUGUCCUUGAUGUCGUUGUCCAGGACGUCAAUGACAACCCACCCAUCUUCAAACCUAGCAAAAACUACAUCGUUCAGUUGUAUGAAAGUGCUGCAACAGGUGCAGAAGUCACAACAGUCCUUGCAAUCGACCUCGACCAGUCUACCACAGUCAGAUAUGAGAUAGACCAGGAUCAAUCUCAUACAUUCGAAUUCAAGAAUCCUGGCGUUGGAACCAUAACAUUGAAGAAGACAUUGGACAGAGAACAGAAUGAAUGGCUCAACUUCACCGUGAAGGCAAUAGACAGCGGUAAGCCCCCAGAGACAAGCGUUGCUACAGUAUCGGUCCAUGUCCAAGACAUCAACGAUAACAGUCCGGUGUUCCUCCCCUUCAAAUCUGUGGUAGAGGUCUCUGAAGAUGCGAGUGUUGGGCUUGUUAUUGCCAAUAUGUCUGCUGUGGACAAGGACCAAGGAAGCUAUGCCAAGAUAUUCUAUACACUGAAUGCAGAUAAGGAAUUCACCAUCAAUAGUGCAACGGGUGUGGUAACAUUGUACAAGAAGCUAGACCGUGAGAGAAAAGAUACAUACACUUUGACCAUCACUGCUGCUGAUAACAAUAAUCAGGCAUCAAACGGUGUUGAGCCGAGGACGAAGGAAGAAAGGUUCACUGUAAAGGUGUUGGACGUCAACGAUCAAACGCCGACAUUUACCAAACCCGUCUACACACACACUGUGCAAGAAACUGCUCCUCUGAACCAAGUCUUUGUGACCUACACUGCUACAGAUAAAGACAUCGCUGACAAUGCAAAGUUAACUUAUAGCUUUGAUGCAGCUGGGUCAAAUGGGACAGCAGUUUUUGCCAUUAAUGCUGUGACUGGGGGCAUCAGUCCAAAGAAACCACUCACAGAGAAUAUUGGCUGUUAUAAACUGAAGGUUGUCGCGACUGACCAUGGGAAGACACCGAAUUCUGGUUCAACGCUGGUGAAUAUCUGCAUUGAGGAUUUGAAUAACAAUCCACCCAGGAUUAUUGAACCACCACUGGAUAAUGCAACAUUCUCUGUUGUAGAGGGCCAAAAACCAAACAUCUCAGUGACACAAGUAAAGGCAACUGACCCAGAUACGAGUGGUACGAUUCGGUUCAAAUUCUCCGAGUCUGUAGCUUAUUCAAAGCAGUACUGGAAGGAGUUCAACAUCGAUAGUGUGACAGGGAAAAUUAUUAUGAUCACAGAGCCUGAUCAUGAGAGGAUUGAUGAGUAUUUUCUUCAGGUGAUAGCAACAGACGGAGUGCAUGAGACACGCCGGGACAUCAAAGUGAAGAUAGAUGACAUUGAUGACAACCUUCCAAUGUUUGAUACCUCCAAGAUUAAGACCCCAUUUGAGAUGAGUGUACAAGAGGAAGGAAUACCUGCGAAUGGAAUCGUUGGAACAGUGCCAAGUGCCAUUGAUCUUGAUUCAAAUCUGAAGAACAACUCUCUGAUUUGUUAUUAUAUUGUUGGUGGUGACCCAGACUUCUACUUCCGUCUGAAUAGAGAAACACGUGUGUUGACCAUUACCAAGAAGAUCGACAGAGAAUCCAGUUAUCUACAUGGAACGUCUCAUGUCGAUCUGGUGAUCAAAGCUAUGCACAUUUGCAGCGAUUCUUAUGAUCGGGAGAAGGCCAGUACUAUUAGAAAAAGGCGUGCCAUUACGGUUGUGAAUGACCUGAAUCGAUUCAAACAAGUCUACAACGCCUCAGAUAAGUCUUUGCUACCAGUUGUGGUCAAUGUUCAUGAUAUCAAUGACAACCCGCCAAAAUUCAGGAUAAAGGACUUCAGUGCAGGUGUUACAAGAGAUACACAGGUCUACUCUACUGUCAUGAAUUUUGCUCCUUAUGUGAUUGACAAAGACAUUGGGCCUAACGCAGUCAUCACGUACGAGAUCAAGGACACCAUAAAGAUAACACCGCCUGAGCUGAAGGAGCAGAUCCGUGCCAGGAUUGUGGACUAUAAAGUCUUCAUCUUAAAUCACACAACAGGCAUUCUCAAGACGAAUAUGUUCUUCCAAGACAACAUGCAAGGCUACUUUAAGUUUACUGUCAUUGCCAAGGAUAGUGCUGGACAUAUGGACUCAGCACAUGUGUGGAUCUACAUGUUGAAUGCUAACCAGCGUCUCAAGGGUGUUUUCCGAGCUGAUACCGAGGCUAUCGGGAAGAUAAAGGAUGAAUUUGCUGCGUUUUUGUCAAAUAUCAUCAAGGCCCGCAUCAAUGUUGAUAUGAUAACCACUCAUAAAGAUGAUGACGGUAAAUCGAAUGACAAAUUGACUGACCUGUUUUUCCAUGCUGUCAACAAUUCCACAGGAGAGAUCAUGCCUGCUCGAACAGUUCUAGACCUGAUUGACCAGAAUUAUGACGAUCUCAUCAAGUUCUUCAAUAAAUACAACAUCAUCAAAAUUGUGCUUGCAGUUCCACCAGUCACGGAGAAGGACAGUGUCAAGGACUUUAAGCUGGCACUUGGUCUUGUAGCUAUUAUACUGGGCAUCUUUCUCAUUGUGACGUGUUUGAUCUGCUUUUGUUGUCGGAGGAAAUACAAGCGGAAGCUGCGAGCUGCAACAGCUAUGGCUUUCGGGUCCAAAGAAUCUGGUCUAAAUCGCCUCGAGAUGCCUGGGACAAAUCUCCACACUUAUGAGGGAUCAAAUCCAAUCUGGUUGGAGACUUACCAAAAUAAUUGGGCAAAAGAAGAAGACCAGGACAGAACUAAGCCCAUCAAUGACAGUAAAAACUCUCUUGAUGAUAAUGUGAUCGAGCCAUCUGCAACAAAAACUUAUGACGAACAAGAAAUAACUUUGGAUCUCUUCAACGAUGAAUACGAUGGAUUUAACAAGGUGCCAGAAUUACGAAAUGAUGGCGACACAGUCUUAGCCGCUGCUAUUAAAGAACAUGAACAUGCAAAAAAUCGAAGAAACAAUGAUUUAAAUCAGGACUAUAGAAAACCGGAUAUGAACAGUAAAAGUCCUGUCGUAAACGGGUACACGAAUUUUGCAUUGGAGCCUGAUUCAGCGCAGAAUAAUAAUAUUGGUUUAGAAACCACUGAUAUAUAAUGGUGCUUAUAAUUUCUGUUCCACCACCAUUUUCACGACGUCAGUAUUUUUCUUGGAGCUUUUUGUACUGCCAAUAUGAAGUGUUGACACAAAAACUAAAUUACCACAGUGUAGAAUAAAUAUUAGGGUAACAUUUGGAAGCUGUGUGCGUAGGUCAAACAAGCUUCGAACAAUAAUUGACACAAAAGUUUUUCCACAUUUUGAAUUGUGCUGAAGCUAGAGAGACAUCAAAAUGAUCUGAAGAAAAUCACCACCUAUUGUGAAUUAGUGUCAUGUGUGGUAAUGAUGAGGUUUGAAGUUGUGUGAAUGAACACUUUGUGUCAUUGGAGGGAAAUUCUCAUAAGGGACUUAAGUUUCUCACGAUUGGAUGACCUCACGUUAACAGGUCAAGGUCGCAAUUUUAAGGUCAAGGACGUUCCUUCAAGGUUUAAUGACUUUUAGUGCCUACAUGUUUGUUUAAAUGUGUGAUGAAGUUAAGUUUAAAAUAUUUGUGGGUGGUUUUGUUUAACAAGACAAAAUUAGCAGGAAACAUGCAGACACCUCUGGGCAUUUUGAGCAGAAUAGGUGGGAUAAAUAUUGCCACACCGGUUAUCAGUGCCACAUGGUCAUAAUGAAUCGCGUCCUUUCGUCAUGGAACAUUUUCUUCUAAUUGCUGAAGUUAUUCUUUCAUGUUGUACGUAUUCACAGUAUCAUCCAUCCUUUGAGAGUGUGCUAUCAUUUAAUGAUACUAUUUGUAAGAAAUCCAUCCCAAUUUUGAAUAUUCUAAAAUAUUGUUUGAUACAUUGCAACAUUUGGUCAAUGAGAGUAGAAUUAACUGCCUCUUUUGCAUGUUUAUGAUGUUAUAGCCCAUAAUCAAUGGCUACUUUUGAUAGCUCUGAAAUCAAAAUAUACCACGAGUCACUACCUCUUUUUGAUAGCUUACCAAAACAAUGUUUGUUUCAGAGGGAGUAUGUGUAGGCCUAUGAGAGGCAAAGGGGGAGUGACAAGGACAUGCUGACUGGCCUAGCCUACCCUCUAUCUCUGAAAGGGUUUCCUGCCGGACCGUCCUUCUAACUUAGCUGUAUAUAUAUAUAUAUCAUUAAAUGUCGAGGUUGCUUUGGUACUACUAACCAGAACCUUUUAGAUUUCUAGGUUCUCAACUAUAACUGUGAAACAAUUUUGGGAUCUUCCCUUUUGAUGUCCUAAAGAUGUUAUGGCUUCUAGAAGUGGUAGCGAUAAUUACAACGAAAUCUGUGCCUCAGGUCCGGUAUUUCAAUGUGAAAGAAUUGGCUAGCAUGGCUAAUACUUUACUGAUGUUACCAGUUUCAUAAUAUUGUAAGACAUGAAUGAUCCAUAAAAGUGUAAGACAUGAAUGAUCCAUAAAAGUGUAUCUUAAAGAAAGUAAAGGCCUUGUCCGUGCAUUCAAAGUCACUAACCAGGCAUUAGUGGACUAUGUUGAAGUCACUAUUUAACUUGGCAUUAGUGCUAUUAUGGCAAUGCCUUCUUUAGUCAAGUCCAGUAGCCUUUAACUAGAAUGAAUGCAAUACCAGUUGUUGUCUAGAAAAACUUGGGGCUGAUUUAGAGAUGACAUGGGACCUUCUGAUUCUAUUUAUUCCGCAUCUCACCAUGACAUGACUAUCUAUCUCUUAGAUGUUCUAUUUAUUCUCUGCUUUAUUGUUUAUUUCUCAAUAUGUUGAUACGUUCAUGAUCAAUCUCAAACAUUCCAUGUUCAUUAAAAUGGUCCACUAGAAGUAUUUUUAUUUAUUUACUUGAUUGAAAUAAAAAGAAUUUUUUUCAAAUGAUGUUCCCUUUUGAGGGUACACCCUUUCAUUCCAGGGAUAUAUUAUCUGUUUUAGAUUCUACUGAAUAUACUAAAAUACAAAAUUGUGUCUACAGACAACAAUGAGAGAGCAUGCUGUCCUUAUUCUGUAACCUUAGAAUCUCUUCUACUGCAUUAACAACUUCAACUUUUUCCAUGAUCUCCAGAAUCUCACGAGAAAGCUUUCUUUGUUGAAUAUCGUUAUUUGACUCCCAAAAAAUGUAGCGAUGUUCAUCUGUAUAUAUUUUACUGUAGUGUAUGGCUUACUUUUGAUCUGAGAAUUGAUGCAAGCUUCUGCAAUGGCUUUGUUAUUGACACUUCAUAUUUUACAAAGCUGCUGUAUAUUGUCAAUAAUUCUUUAAACAUAAAUAAACUGGAGCAUGACACCAAAAAUAUUUUUUGAGAAUAUUAAUAUUUGUGAAAAUGGUUGGGUUGACAUGUACGAGGUCCUUAUUUGUGUUCAUUGUUAUUUUAGGGGAGGGAGUGUCUUAGCUGAUUAAAAAGGGUUUUUUGCCCAGUUUAAUGUCAUUGUCAUAUUCUUUCGUCACCUUGCUGGCCAGCCAGUUCAAGUCUGGGGCUGUCUGAAGAAUAAUACAACCCAGAUAAUAUAUAAACUGGUACUUUUCAACAACUUGACUCCUUGGAGAACUACCUCGUGUUCCAAACUUGAAUGUCCAUCUAUUGUUGAUGUAAGCAUUCUCUGUUUGUCUCCCAAACGUCUGUCCAUCUACAUACAUUGCAUCCUUUGAAGCACAAAUGUUGUGUUGCUGUCUGCAUGAAGUCUUAAGUUUUACUGGUGUAUCAUUUUGAGCUUAGUUUCUCACCGAUUAAAAGAUACCUUAACUUGGUAUGAACUUCAAUAAGUGGAUGCUGCUUGUUACAUUGUAUAAUCAAAACUUGCGGUAGGGACCUGCAUUCUGUUCAAGGUUAGGUGAAUUACAGAUACUGUAGUUGUAGAUUUAUCUCUGCCUCAGACAGGAAACUAUUUUUGUAUGAACUGGAGCUGACCAACACUUUUAUAACAUAAUAAUGCAUUUGAAUCUUCAUUUUUCCAAGUUCUUUACUUGGUCUUUGUUCACACUGAUACUAUUAUGUUUGUAAAUAUUGAAUGUGAAUUGAUAAGUGAGUAUAUAGUUGUAAACCUUAUUUAUAAUUAAUUGAAAAUUUGUUCUAUUUUGAAUAUCAUCACAAUGAUUUUGUGCCUCAAGCAUAUACCAGCAUAUUUUUGCAAACCGUGCAUGUCAAAUUGCCCAGUCACACCACAAUGAUUUCAUUGACAGAAAGAGAUGUAGGCCUAUUUCUAAUACUAAUAGACUCAUUUUGAAUCAAGGGGAGGGGCUGAGUGGGAAAGCAUGCAUAUGUUCUGGUGACAUCAGUGUGGUUGGUCUGUGGCAAUUUAUAUAAUUUUGGUAGACUCUAAUUUCUUGAGUUUAGUUUAAGGUAUUUAAUUCAGAGCUCAAUAUUCGAUCACAUUCCAUCUUAUUUUAAAUGUUUGUAUUUUGUGAUCAACCAGUGGAACAAGGUAGAGUUCGGAGAGAGAGACUACUGUAAAUGUGGAAAUAUUUUAACAUUUUAUAAUACAGAUAAUUGUAAAAAUAUAUGAGGCAAAAAAUCUGAUUAAAGUUACUGUAACACGGUUGUCAAGACGCCAUAAAUUUUUUUAAAUGCCCACAAACUGUGUUCCCACACUAAUAUCACCUCCGGAUGUUGUGUACUGACUGAAUUGAUAGCUCAUUAUUCUGUAGAUAAAAACAUGGAACAAAUCAGUUACAAGGUGUAAAAAAGUUUUGUGCCAUUGAAAGUAUUAUGAGGUCUAGAUAUAAAUAUAAGAUUGAGUAAGUCCUUCCAAUGUUUCAUAUGCAUUUUCAAUGGCUGUACAAAACUUUUCUCCCCCUUUGACUUUGAAUAUAGCUUCCUGAAGCGGUUUAAAGUUUUCCAAGUUGAUAUUACAAUCAAUAAAAAUUUGUAUGCAUCACUUUA